AUGUUGUCAAUAUUUUGUAAACAAGUUUCAAAGUCGAAAUGUUUGAUUAUAGUUAUUAUCGUCGUUUUUCUCGUUAUGUUGAUUACAGGAAUUACCCUUCUCGUAUUAACAUGCAUAAAACCAUGCUGGCUGACUAGGUGUCAUCCAAAAGCUUCUCGAUGCAUCAAUCGAUGGCCAUUCAAGGCACAAUGCAUCUGCAGCGAAGAUACAACUGGAAAUGGUCGCACAGUCUGUGAUGAAUGUGGAGUAAAAUAUGACUUUCCCAAUGCCCGGAUUAUUGGCGGUGAGAAUGUAACCGUCAACAACUGGCCAUUUAGUGCACUGAUUCGUCAGCAUUAUCAGAAACUGGUGUUUAUCAAUGGCGAAUUUCGUGUGAUUUCACCAACGUGGAUGUGUGGAGGAACAUUGAUCAAUCGUAGAACAAUUCUCACAGCAAGUCAUUGUUUAAAAAUGGCCGGUGAUACGUUCGAAUAUGAAUCUUUUGAAUAUGCAAUACUCUGGAAUGAAUUCUAUCCGAAUAUAGAAAGUUCAUUAGAAGUGUCUGUAGGUGUCUAUGAUCGUCGAAAACAAACGCGCCAACAGCAUGUCAAAGUCGUUCAAGUGAUACGACAUCCAUUAUUCGACGAGAAGAAUUUACAUAAUGAUAUUGCUCUACUUAAGCUUGCUGACGAUCUUCGACCAUCAAGAACAAUCCAAUUUGCUUGUCUGGCGAAUUCAUAUCUAGAUGUGAAUCUGACAGGCAUUGCCGUCGGUUUUGGUGAUACGAUUCCAGGUGCUAAUCAAGGUUCAAUUUUUCUUCAGCAAGUUAAUCUCACGAUCUAUCCGAAUGAAUAUUGUUCGAAUGUUGCAACAUCGAUAGUAAAAAAUUGGACAAUGCAAUUAUGCUGUGGUGAUCUUCAAGGUGAACGCGAUGUUUGUCAUGGAGAUAGUGGUGGUGGUCUAUUUAUUCAAAGAAACAUAUCUAGUGAUAAUCGUUAUACAGUUGAUGGUAUUGUUUCGUAUGGUGAAGAAUGUGCUACUCCGAUGAAACCAAGUAUUUAUACACGAAUAUCGAAUUAUAUCGACUGGAUUGGAGAAAAUAGUGAUUUUUGA